AUGGCAACAACACUACCGUAUCGACCGUCGAACGACUCCCUCUCCGCCUCGGAUAACCGUCAAACAAGUGGUCUUCCUCGACUUUCGCCUGCGGCCUCCUUUAUCGGACGCUCGCCCAGCAGCUCACACGGCUCUUUUCGAAGAACAUCUACGGACCAUGCGACCUCAGGCUUCAGGCCACGCCGCUGCAAAGCACAGUACCCGCUCGAUUCGCCGGAGCGCCAUGUGGAGUACAUCCUGGUCGCGUCCUUCCAUAUUGAUCGGGGCCCAAUCAUGGAACACCAGUAUCCUGCUGCAAUCAGUGGGGACGAGAGCAUGCUUGCAGAGCUGAUGCUGCCGGAUCAGACGCAUGUGCGGAGUCAGGACUGGACCAUGUUCUUCUUGCACAAAGACACCAGCGGCGACGAAGAAACAGAUUCGGCGGGCGGAAAGAAUAAAAGAAAGCGGAAAUCACAAUACCAUGGAAACCAGGAGGGUGCCGAUAUCCAGGACGAGAUCUUCGACGAGACCUCCGAUGACCCCGACAGUAGCGACGACGAGGGUGGUGAAGGGCCACCCUUGAUGUAUGUGCUGAAUCUUGUCAACACAAAGCAGGAUAACACUGUCCGGAGAGGCGCAGUAGUCAAGGCAAUGGCAAUCUGUACGCGACAUUCAUUCCUCCACAUUUACAAACCUUUACUCCUCCUAGCGCUGGAAGACUACUUCAAAUCUCCAUUCCCCGAAACUCUGGCAUCCCUCUAUGACGCCGUUAACGCCAUGGACCUUUCAUUAAUGCCAAAAAUGUCGAUACUUGAGCGCCAUAUCUUGCAAUCUAGCAACACAAAGGAUAUGUUUCUGGAGAAAUUCGAGCAGAUGAUCCGCCAGCGAGAAGAAGAAGAACUCCAAGAUGGGGAAUGUCCGCCAUCACCAAAGAAACUAAGCCGAUACGCCCUACCGCGGGAUACACAUGAGUACGAGUCGAAGGUGGUCUACAACGAUAUCCCCAUACCGGUGAAAAUCCCGACAGUGAUUUGGCCGGAGACCGUUGGAGACUUCUCCCUCAUCAAGCUCAUUCAGACCGGUCCAUUCACACACCCCGUUAUUGUUCUUGUCAACGCUAUCCUCACUCAGAAGCGGGUUGUAUUUCUAGGACACAACCGGCCAUCGGGAGAAGUUGCAGAGGCGGUCCUGGCGGCCUGCGCUCUUGCAUCCGGUGGCAUUCUGCGUGGAUUCACUCGACACGCAUUCCCUUAUACUGAUCUGUCCAAGAUCGAUGAUCUCCUCAAGGUACCUGGGUUUAUUGCAGGAGUCACAAACCCUACAUUUGCCAACCAUCCUGAAUGGUGGGACGUUAUGUGCGAUCUCCCGACAGGUCGCAUCAAGAUCUCAAGUCACGUUGAAACUGCACCGGUAACAGAAGGGCUUCUAUUCUUCCAACAGCAAAAUUCCCUUUUACCCAACAGUGCGUCCAACACGACCCACGACCCAACAGGCGACACCCUAUUCAUGGAAGACAUCCUCCGCAGCAUCAGCCAACGCCACGGCGAGAAUGCCGUCCGCGCAAAAUGGCGAGCCUACAUAACAAAAUUCGUCCGCGUCGCCGCAGCCUUCGAAGAAGCAGUAUACGGCGCCUCAAACCUCUAUAUCAUUGGUCCAGGCGAAGAACUCUCUCCAGACAGCCCGACAGGCCACCAAACUGACGCCUCGGACCCAAAAACUCUCCGCGGCCACGGAUACGUAUGGACAGACGAAACAGCCAAACAACGCGAGCUCUCAGCAUCCGUCUCCCGAAUCGAAGGCUGGCGCAACACUCGCUCCUACUACUCCUACAUCCAAGAUAUCGCAGCAAUGUACUUCCCCGCGCGUCCAAUCCAACGUCCAGACAUCCACCACCACCACGACCGUCUCCGCGCCUUAAAACUCUCCCACUCCGAAGCCGCCUCCAUCUACCUCGCCCUCUCCCACUCCGUCAAGGACUACGCCGGCAUUUGCCAGCUCCUAACCGUCGCACCGGAGAACCAGGCCGGUCUCUUCUAUAUCAGCAUGGGCCUAUUCCAUCCGGACCAGGUCGUCCGCGAAGCGACAGCCGAUCUUCUCGAUCGCAUCGCUAUACACCCAGCCGGCCGCCAUUUCUGGACGCAUGUUGGCCGCUUCGCGAAGUUGGGGUAUAUCCGUGUUAAGCGGGAACGAGACGCCGCUGCACAGAGUCCGAUUUCCGGUAGCGGGUCGCCAGUUCCUACGAGUCCUGGGGCUAGCUUUGGAGGUGAGCCGCAGAGUCUUGUUGGUGUUGCUAUGGGAGGAGGGUCGAAGAGGAGGAGCUGA